AUGGGCCAUAUUACAGGACACAGUAACCUGGAAAUAUUUCUGAAAAAAAAGGAUGAGGGAAGCAACCCUGCUGCCAAUCUGUCGAAUGUUGAGGAACAGAUCAAAAGAAUUCUGGCUGCCACUGGUGUCGAUGUUCCAAGCCUUGUUGCAGUCAUUCUUAUACUUCUUUCCUUUUUGGCUGGCAGGAGGAAGCUCUCCAGCUACACUUCCACCACCCCUGGCUGCCGAUGUGAGCUUUACAAUAAACUUGAUGGAGCCUCAGAAUUCUUUCUCAACCUGGCAGGCCCAGCCUUGGAGACCCUUGCAGCUGGUUGUCCAUGGCCUUGCAUGCCAAUUGUGGCCUCUUUGUGGGCCCAGAAAGUUGAGCAUUGGAGUGACUUCCUUGUCUUCUCUGCAUCUCGGACUGUCUUCCACCACAAUAGUGAUGCAGUGGUUCAGCUCCCGAAGAGCUGCUUCACAGCUACACUUGGCCUGAAUGCUUCACCAAUCUCCAACUUUCUGGUGUUGGGGCACUUCUCAGUCAUGGCUUUGGCCAUUUUCCAUGGAGGCUUCUCCCCUGUUGCCCCUGGGAUCCUUUAUAGGAGUGUAUUGGUCAAUCAGAGAUAUCAACAUAUUCAUGACAGAAGGCAGACUUUGAUGCAGUCUGUGACAGAAAUAGCAGGUGACGGGCUAUUGAAAGAGAAUGGAGAAAUUGAAGAAGACCGAGUAUGGAAUGAGAUAAGGCCAGGUUUCAGUCGCGGCAGUAAUGACUCGGGUAAAGGUUGCAGCUUCACUGGGGGCUUAAUUGGUGUGGUUAUCUGGUGGCUCGAGUCUGGUUCAAUCCUUGAUCAAAGAAACUCUUCCAUCUUGGUUUAUAUCUGCACAUGGGUCAGAGCAGGGCUCGAGUCUGGUUCAAUCCUGAGAGAUUAUGCACUGGCAUACUUUACGGUACUUUGUGGAACAUUUUCUUUGGAUGUCAACUCAAAAUCUUCUGCCUCAAAGCGGCGGCCAAAGAUCCUUGGGGCUCACAUAGUUCCAGGCAAGUGUGAUUGAUGGGAAGAUCUCACUUGGUUGUGAUUUAGUCACUUGGCAGGCCUGUGUGUCGGGGCUUGUGAGCCUGAUGGUGGCAUGCACUCCCACGUGGGUGUUGAAGGUGGAGAUGGAUGUCUUGAAGAGACUAAGGGAUUGAGGCAAUGGGAUGAAGAGGAACUUGCCUUGGCUCUGCUUGGAAGAGGGUGAGGUGGGGCAAUGGGUGUUGCUACUUCACUGAUAAUCGAGAGUGAACUAUAAAUCUUCUUUCAACAACGUUUUAUGGGGGUGAUGAUUGUACGGUUAACGUUGUCCAACACUAGUGUGAAUAGGUGAGGGAUCUGAUGUUUGUAUCUUAUGGAAGUUUUGGUCUUGCUAGGAUUCUUGUGAAAGCAGGGGAUGGGGGAGAGGGAAGGAGGAAGUAGUUAUUAUUAAUAGCACUUGCUAUGCUAUUCUUCAUUGCUUCAAAUCAAUAUGAAAUGCAAAUGAAAAAUGUAUCCUGAAAUGAAUAUAACA